GUACAGACACAUAUAAAUAAAAGAGCCCUCCAAGCGCCGGUCAUAGUUAUUUACUCUCUCUCAGCAUUACGACACAUAACUUUUGAACCAUGAGUAUCAGGCAAUUUCAGACCAUUUCCCGACAGGCCUUCCGGUGCUACUCAAGGCGUUCUCUAGUGGACCUGGGCCAGGGGCAAUUACAGCGCCUGCCCCUUCGCUUUUGCUCCGUUCUGUUGCCAGUCAGUUGUGCGGCCAAUGCCGUUACAGCAUCCACACCCACAUCCCCCUGCUCGGCAGCCCAGUACUCCACAGCAGCUGCCUUCGACAUGUCUAACGGAGAUUACAAGAACGCCGCCUCCAUCUACGAGUUCACCGUAAAGGACACUCAUGGAAACGAUGUCUCCCUGGACAAAUACAAGGGCAAGGUGGUUCUGGUAGUGAACAUCGCCUCCAAGUGUGGCCUGACCAAGAACAACUACCAGAAGCUGACCGAUCUGAAGGAGAAGUACGGUGAACAGGGCCUGGUUAUUCUAAACUUCCCCUGCAACCAGUUUGGUUCCCAGAUGCCGGAGGCUGAUGGCGAGGCCAUGGUCUGUCACCUGCGCGACUCAAAGGCCGAUAUUGGGGAGGUUUUCGCAAAGGUGGACGUGAAUGGCGAUAAUGCCGCCCCACUCUACAAGUAUCUGAAGGCCAAGCAGACAGGCACUCUGGGCAGCGGUAUCAAGUGGAACUUUACCAAGUUCCUGGUCAACAAGGAGGGCAUUCCCGUCAACCGUUAUGCCCCCACCACCGAUCCCAUGGACAUAGCCAAGGACAUCGAGAAGCUCCUGUAGAUCUCGACGAGCUGAUAAUCCGUUUAGCUGUAGCUGUUGGCUGUCUCAUGCCUUGGACUGUGUUUAUCGCGUAGCAUUAGCUUGUAAUUGCUCGGCCACGGAUGGUAGUUGUCUUGUGGCUGGCCAUAUGCACCAAAUGUCUGCAUAUAUAUAUAUACCUAUAUAUUGUCUACUCUUUUUACUGGUUUUUGAUUCCCACUCACAAACAUAAUAAACGCGAAUUGUGGUUACCACA